AUGGUGACAUCUAUAGAAUGGACAAGCUCAGCUUACUCUAAAGAAGCCAAAGCAAAAAAGUUUGUGGAUCAAGUCUUAGAUUCUAAAUUUUGGAAUCAAUGCACUGAUAUUGUUAAGCUUACUGAGCCACUUGUUCGUGUAUUGCGUAUUGUGGAUGAAGAUAGUGCUGCAAUGGAAUUUGAAAAGCACAAGCAAACAGCUUCUGGCUUACUAGAUGUCAUUGAGAGAUAUGCUUAUGGUGAUGCAGAUUUGAAUUCUAAAUUGACAAGUGAGAUGAGAAUCUUUAAGAAUGCUGAAGGAGACUUUGGGAUACAGUCUGUAAUACAUGAGCGAAGCACAGUGAUGCCUGGUUGUGAGCGUAAUUGGAGCAUUUUUGAACACAUUUACUCAAAGAAAAGGAAUCGGUUAGAGCAUCAAAAGCUUAAUGAUCUUGUUUAUGUUCAUUACAAUUUAAGACAACAACAAAUGAACCGAAUGAGAAAGCAAAGUUAUGAUCCAAUUUGUCUUGAUGCAUUUGAGGAUCAUUCAGAAUGGAUAAUGGAAGAUUCACCACGAUUCUUAACUCCUAAAAAAGUUGAUGCUUUACGGAAUGAUCUUGCAAAUAUGUCUCUUCAAUCAGCUUUAGAUGACUUGGAUCAAUUGAAUCUGGAAGACGAUGGAGAUGAUGAUGAAGCUAAUAAUAAUUCUGUAAAAAAUACAAAUCAGAAUGAAACCAAUCAUCAAGAUGUAACUCCAGAUUUGUCAGAUGAAGAAAGAUAUCCAGACUUUGAAAUUACUCCUUAG